CAAAGUUUACCAAAAUCAAAACAAACAAAAUAUUUUGCAAUAUUUUUGAAACUAAUAUUUAACGAAAUUAAGGAGUUUUAUUUGAACCAAUAUGAAUGAAAUAUAUAAACAGCACCCAUCUGAACCCAGAAGCAAUAUUGCCAAAUGCGACAACUAUGACCCUGAUAAAUACGUAAUAGGGCUGACCUCCGGUACCGUCACGACCGAUGAGGCUCUGACGCCGAACCGGCCGCCUCGCCUGACGCAGGCCACUGUUGGGAUGUACCUCAAACCCACCACCAGGGAGUUGGAUGUGGUUCCACCACGCCCAACGAUAGACGAGCUUCCUAGAGCUGUCAUCAAUCGUAUGCUGGCAAAAGACAAGGCGUUCCUAAUCGACAAACCUGGUGCCGACGCCUACACCCUUACGGAUGCCUACUACCACUUCGGAAUGGUCACCGACCGAAUUACACCGCACCACCAAAGUGUGUUUCCUAGAUCGUACCAGUACGAACUGGAGUGCGUCAAACAGCGCAGACUACACAGUUGUGACAAGAAUUAUGAAGACGGGGAACCUAAAAAGCAACUGCCGGCUCAUUGCCGCGACUGCUCCAAGGGCACCGCAGCCCUGUCUGCCUUCCAGCUAGAAUGGGCUCCAGACCCUGUCCAGCGGCGCUGGCGGCAGUACCCCGACCUCACCAGGCCUCUGACUGAAGAGGAGAUUCGAUGCUCUAUGGGCGAGGUUGGAAGACCCUUCAGAAGCGAAGCCUGCAACUGGUACUAUGAAAACUACCCAUCCAAGAAAUAUGACACCAUUGGGCGAAAAUUUUCUUCGUAAUCGUUACCUAUCUAUGUAUAUUUGCU